GUAACUUUGAAACUCUCUUCAUUUUUCCUUUUCGAUUUUUUUUUUUUAAUUUGUUUUUGCUAUUUUUAAAUGUUGGUUUCACCCUAUUCUUCGCCUAUUAUGUUGGACAUAACAUAACAAAUUAGUGAAAUUACCAUUCGUUUUUUUUGGGUCCCCAUAACAGAUUCUUUAACGGUCAAUAAGUGUUUUUAAAAUUAACGGUCAAUAACUAGCUAGACAGAUUCAAAAGAUUUAGGCAUUUAGUAUAUGGGCUGCAUAGUAUUAGAUGAAAACGAAGUUUAAAAAAAAAAAAAAAAAAAAUAAAAAGAAGAAAAAAAAGGAAGAAGAAGACCAAGAAAUUGAGGUGCAUGUGAGGAUGAGUAGUAAAAAUUAGGAAGACUCUAGUCUGGGAGAGACUUUCAGCAGCUAUUUCUUUGUCUUCUUUCUCUUUAAAGAACCUCACUCUCUCUCUCUUUAGUCAAAAAUCCCCAAUUCGUGAACAAAUUAGGGUUUUUGAAGUUUGAAGAAGGAGAGAAAGAUGAGUGCUUCAAGGUUUAUCAAGUGUGUCACUGUCGGCGACGGUGCUGUUGGAAAGACUUGUCUUCUCAUCUCCUACACUAGCAACACUUUCCCCACGGAUUAUGUGCCAACUGUGUUCGAUAAUUUCAGUGCCAAUGUGAUUGUUGAUGGCAACACUAUCAACUUGGGAUUGUGGGAUACUGCAGGGCAAGAGGACUACAAUAGACUAAGACCUUUGAGCUAUCGCGGUGCAGAUGUCUUCUUACUUGCAUUCUCACUUGUCAGCAAAGCUAGCUAUGAAAAUGUUUCUAAAAAGUGGGUUCCUGAACUGAGACAUUAUGCUCCUGGUGUUCCCAUCAUCCUCGUUGGAACAAAGCUUGAUCUUCGAGAUGAUAAGCAAUUCUUUGCCGAGCACCCUGGUGCUGUGCCUAUCUCUACCGCUCAGGGUGAAGAACUAAAGAAGCUGAUUGGGGCGCCUGCUUAUAUCGAAUGCAGUGCAAAAACUCAACAGAAUGUGAAAGCAGUGUUUGAUGCGGCUAUCAAGGUCGUUCUCCAGCCACCAAAAAACAAGAAGAAGAAGAAGAGAAAAUCUCAGAAAGGUUGUUCUAUACUCUGAUUCAACAAGAAGAAAGGAAUCAACAGGAGAAUUAGAGCUAUAAGUAUUUGUUUUCUCCUUUUUCAUAACUUGUUUACCCAAGGAAUCAAAAAUCUGUUGUUUGUAGUCUGAAAAUGACAAAAGUUGAAGAACUAGUAACAAGUAUUUGUAUUCUUGUUUGCAUUUUGAUCUGUAAAUAUACCACGAAUCCUUGAUUUCUCUGUUUCCUAGAUUCACACCAAUUGUCUUAAG